CAGUACUGUUAUCAAUUAGCGUAAAUCCAGGUAAUCUUCCAGGUACUUUCUCCAAUAAUCUUAGCUACCUUGACCUUAGAUUAAGUGGUCAUUAUACAAAGAGAUACGCCAUGCUGCCGCCGAGGUCAGUUUUAAUUACUGGUGCGAGUCGUGGACUCGGGCUAGAAUUUGUCAAACAGUUUCUUCAGGCAAAAAGCCCACCCGACUUUCUCUUCGCAACAUGCAGAAACCCAGAAAACGCAAAGGAAUUACAAGAAGUCGCCAAAUCGAAUUCUUCUGUAACAAUAAUGAAACUGGAUGUAAACGAACCUAGUUCUUUCGACGAAGCCAGGAAAAUUAUGGAGUCUAAACUUGGGGAGGAAGGACUGAACCUGCUUCUUAACAAUGCAGGCAUUAACCAAAAGGCAUCACUUGAUGCGGUUACACCUGCAAUGAUGUUAGAAACCUUCAAUACAAAUGUUAAUGGUCCUCUUUUUACGACUAAAGCAUUUCUCCCUCUCCUUCUACGUUCAGCGCAAACCUCUUCACACAGCAAUCCUUCCUCCGCUGUAGUAAAUAUGUCCUCUAUAAUGUCCUCCAUUACACUGACUGAAACAUCGAAUGCGGUAGAAUACCGAGUAUCAAAAGCAGCUCUGAACAUGUUAAGUAAGAUUCUGCAUAACGAACUGAAGGACAAGGGGGUCCAUGUUGGAGUUUUACAUCCUGGGUGGGUUCAGACGGACAUGGGAACCAGUGCCGCUCCCGUUACUCCAUCCCAAAGCGUCAGAGGCUGUCUGGAAGUGAUGUUAAAAAUGAACGCAGACAACGCAUGCGUGCUAACCGAUUAUUCUGGGAAACCAUUACCAUGGUGAUAUCUUAUAAAUUGAGAUAUCAGGGAGUUUAGCACUUGGUUUUAUAUAUUACUAUAUAUAUAUCCAAGACGUUCAACUGAUGUUAUACAGUGUACAUGGACAAAUUACAUAACCCAGCAAAGAAAAUGUUUCCUUUCUGUAAUUAGAAAUCGUUUGUUUUGAUUAUGAUGAAUAAGUUGUAAGAAUAUUAAUUUAUUGUGAGCUUGUCAGUUAAUAGUGUAUUUGUUUAUCACAAUUAUUUGUAAUUUUACCAACUCUGUUGUCAUUUUUUUCUAUGCUGCUGUUUCUGUUUUUCUUGCGGAAAGUGUUGACAACCUGCAAAAGGCAAUAAAAGAAUUUCUUGAGAAAUUUCAGUGCAGAAUGAAAAACUAUGUGCAGUAAAUAAAGAAAAAUCAAGAUAAUUAUUUUUUCUCGAGAUGGGCACCAAAAUUGCCUUUCCUUACAAUUGUUACUGUUUAGGAAUUGUUAUUAAUAAGAAUUCGUAUGGGUUGUAUUUUCGAUCGUCAUCAUUGUUAUGUUGUAUACAGCAAUAAUUACACAAAGUCUUGUACAUGUAUGAAUUUUAUCAGAAAAAAAAGAUAAGGUUGUAGUUCCAAUUUUAUUUGAUAUCUGUCAAUUAUUGGGUUUUAGAUUAACGAGAUACCGGUGUUAUUGAUGUGUGCAAUUAAAUGGGAAUGUUUUUGAAAACAAUUUUUGGUUUUGGGCUCAAUCCAGGCAAACAUAUAUAUGGAAUGUAAACUAGUUAUGUAAAAUUAUUUAAUCUCCAAAAAUGUAAUAUACAGGAAAAUUAUCAAUUCAGGACGUUCUUUUGUAUACUAGCGGGAAAAAGAAACUACAUUACAUGAAGUAUUAAAUAAAAGAAUAAAAUAUCAA